AUGUCAUCAUCCAAACAACCUACCAUUUUUGUUACGCAUGGAGCUGGACCAUGUUGGUUCGUGGACGGCAAAGACUUUCCGUCGUUUGCUGACAUCGACAAAAAUAGCGCCGGUGCAAAAUGGUUUAGACAGUUACCUCAUCAACUCGGUCAAAAUGAACAAAAUAAACCAAAAGCAAUUCUGUUAAUCAGUGCCCAUUGGGAAACUUCGAAUGUUGUCAACAUCAGUGCCCAAUCUCAACACACUGAUUUAUAUUACGAUUAUGGUGGCUUUCCGAAAGAGACGUAUGAAAUUAAAUUUCAACCAAAAGGUGAUCUUCAAUUAGCUCAACAAGUUCUCGACUUACUGAAACAAUCUGGUAUUAAUGCUACGUUAAAUUCUAAACGAAAUUUUGAUCACGGCGUGUUUAUUCCAUUGAAACUCAUGUAUCCAAAUGCCGAUAUUCCGGUUGUUAGUAUGUCUAUUCUAGAUAAUUAUUCUCCUGAACAACAUGUGGCUAUAGGCAAAGCUAUUUCACCCUUAAGAGAGCAAGGAAUAUUAAUCAUUGGAUCUGGAUCAAUCACUCACGGACGAGCUUCUCGAACACAAAGUCACGAGUUUGUCGAUGCAAUCACAAACACUUUACAGACAUUAUUACCCAAUGAGAGAGAGCAAGCAGUAAUCAACUGGACUAAGCUUCCUUACGCACGAGAAAAUCAUGGCCAUGAAGAUCAUUUGAUUCCACUGCAUGUGAUAGUGGGAGCUGCAGGCCAAGAUAAGUGUGAACGAUUAAAUCAGCAUUUGUCAAAGACGCUAGCAGCAUACAAAUUUUCCUAA